UGCCGACUUCCAGGAUGCUCAGUAGAGGGCGCAGGACAAAAGGGACCGGACCCCCACAGGGAUUUAGGGAAAUCCUUCCCAGGAUACACCAGGCCUAUAACGACCAGCAGACCGACUCCAACGCUGUAAGACGCAGUGCUGGCUUUCCCAGGAUGCCCCAGGAGCGUGCGGAGCCGCGUAGGGGAAGGAAAGGAGUCCGGAUCUCGCCCUCAGGUCAUCACGGCUCAAGACCGCUGCAGGCUCCUCGGUGCCGGCUGCCGCCGCUCCCAUCAUGCAGCGGGGCCGUAGCGCCCGCUUCCCAGCAUGCCCCGCGCACCCCGACCGCGGACACUCACCGGGGCUGGCGGCCCCAGCUCCGGCUCGGCGGUGGCGGCUGCACGCCCAGACUCUGCGCCUGCGUUGCAAGCGGAGUAGGAGGGAGAGCAAGGGGCGUGAGGAGCCUAGRGCGCUUGCGCAGCCAGAUGGACCAUUCCUGUCGCGCUGUGGGAAGAGGGGCUAUCCGAGUCGGGCCACGGAGGGAACCCGCGCACGGGUUGCCGUGCUUUGCCCCUCACUGCCCGCGUUUACUUGGUACAGUCCGCGGCCUGAAGGAUCGAGAAGCUCCAGGGCUCGCGCUGAAUAGGACAGAUCUGGCCCCAUCUUUGUGGCACUAUGGUCAACGGAAGAUCUACACAUAAUUAGACUACUACCUAAAAGGGUCACACCUGGAAUGGUUGGCGCAUAGGAAGCUGUGGGUGCCAGAAGAAGCGCCCGCCUCAGCCUGGGAUACUGGAAAGACUUCCAAAAGGUGGUGAUUUUUAAGCCAAGUAUGAAUAGGUGCCAAC